CAAUCUUGGAGAAAAUUAACACGGAGGGGAUGGCCCAGUUUUCGAAGAAUUUCGGUCACUAUCUCCUGAGACAACCCCGAGUGCGGGGAUCUCUCCAGUUCAGUCUUGGUGCCACGACGUUUGGAAACGCAAACGAUGGGCUCGAAGCGUUCCCAGUAUAUGCUUGAUCUACUAUUUUCUUUUUCUAUUUUUCUUUCUUUUCGUAUAUGGCCAUCGCGGAGUCCGAACCACUCGGACCGAGCAUCUCAUAUUGAUCAUAGCGGCCGUCUUUUAGACAUAGAUGUCCACAAGUAAUAAAACGUGGGCUUCAUCUUGGGGUGUAAUGGUACCGCGACCUCGUCAUAACUUCACCUGUACUACUUUCAGAUUUCCCAUCUUUCAUACUCGAAAUUUUCUGAGAUGGCCUCCAUUGCAUUCCCGUCACUAGCCAAGAAGGCUACUUUGUCCGAUGGAACAACUUAUGGCUACGUUGCAUCUGCCUCGGCUGCAGGAGAUAAGCCGACAUUUCUCUUGCUUCAUGGUUAUCCUAGUUCUUGCUAUGAUUGGCGCAAUCAGAUCUCAUCGCUGUCAGCUGCGGGAUUUGGCGUCAUCGCCCCUGACCUACUUGGCUAUGGCGAUACAGAUUCGCCGAAAGAUGUGACGUCUUACCGGAUGAAGUCCAUGUCGCUCCACAUGGCUGAGAUAUUGGACCGUGAAAACGUGGCGCAAUGCAUUGCGGUUGGCCAUGACUGGGGUUGUGGUCUGCUUUCUCGCCUUACUACGUAUAUACCGAACCGUCUUCAUGGUGCUGUGUUCAUCUCAGUAGGGUAUUUGGAGCCGGGACUGGUGUGGGAUAUUGAUCUUUUCAUCAAAUUGACAAGAGAGGCAUUGGGCUACGAGACAUAUGGAUAUUGGCUCUGGCACAAUAGCGAGGAGGCUCAGAAGGAUUGCGAAGAACACCCUGCUUCAGUAUUCAGUCUUCUUUAUCCGGAGGAUCCCGAGGACUGGAAAAGGUAUUUCGCUCCAGUGGACAAGGCCGCUGAAUAUGUCCGGGCCGGCAGAACUGGCCCGUUGCCGGCUUGGUACAGCUUGUCUGAGUACACGACGCGUGACCGGAUCCUGGCUUCCAAGGGAUACCAAGGCCCCCUUAGCUGGUACAAAGCUGGCAUGCGCGGCAUUAAUCUGCCAGAUGAGGCGGAGAUUCCCGAAGAGGACAGAUACUGCAAAGUACCAACGUUACUUGUCGUCAGCCACCAGGACUACGUUACGCGCGCGGAUAUGCAGAGCGAGAACAGCAAGAAGUGGGUGAAAGACCUCCGCAUUGAGAUUCUGGACUGUGGCCACUGGAUUCAACUGGAGAACCCAGCCAAGCUUCAAGAGCUCUUCGAGGGUUUCGCUAGCGAGGUCGUUUCUGGAGCAGCCUAAAGAAUUCAGACCAAAGCUGUGUCUACAUAUUUCUCAUCAUAAGUCCACUAUCAGGUGUUUAAAGUUCACAGCGGUCCUGUCCUUUGACAACCAUGGCUAGAAGGUUACUUGGACUAUCUCAAGACUUAUUCUCGGGUUUUCCUUGCAUUCGUAGUUACAAUUAGCAUUCUAUUUUAUGAAUUCUAAACAUUUUCUUUUUGGACUGCAAUACAUCUUGCUACAAGAUAUAGGCGUGGGGAUUACU